AUGGUUGGGUCACGCAAGUUCUACGUCUCGCUCCUUGAAACUUUAGCGUGGUCAAGUACUGCUGCUGACACAGUACUCGCAAUCAUCGAGUCGACGUCUAUCUCUACUACACAGGCCCCCCUCCUUCACAUUGCCGUCGCAGCAAGUGCACUAGAUGCUGUAUCGUUAUGCUGUGUUGGCUUCUACAUCGUCCAGGAUGUACGACGAAGAGACGGAUUCAUGGAGCGAUCAACUCAGGCAAGAAGAGCGUUAGUUGGUGUCAGUGUUGUUUUGUCUUCCACGGCAUUGAUUGUGUCGCUCGUCCUGAUUGUCUCCAUCCGAUCAGGAUGGAACAAGGUUGUUAGCAGCUCAUCAGCAGGGCCAAUCUCGAACUGGGAUGGAAUGUUUGCCGGCCAUGUUUUCGUAUGGAUGAUCUCGUGCAUCAGCCAAAUUGCGCUGUACUCUUCCGCUUUUUGGAGGCGUCACACACCCAAGCUUCAGUCAAUCAGCGUCUCUGGCCCCAGAGACUCGGUCAUGUCGGAGAUGCGAAGUGCGGCGCCGAGCAGGAACAUGUUUGCCAUGAAGCCUGCCCAACCAUCAUCUCCUCUUGCGGCUCUCCCAUCGCCGACAUUCUCCACCCGUUCAUCGCAGUCGCUCAAGUCGUUCCGGGAGUCCCUUCGUCACGCCGUUGGACCUGUGACAUCACGCACAACCCUGAUUAGCCGGCCUUCCUUCAAUCGUGAUACGAGAAGCAUAUACUCCGAUGCUUACUCUAUCGACAACGUAUCACAUUCGGAUGGCUUUGACAGUUGGGACACCAGCAGUGUAAGCAACCAAGCUCGAGAUGCUGUGAUGCAGACAGCCCCAUCGAAGGGUACACUUUUGGAGUCAAUCCCAGGCAGUCGAUCUGUCACACCGGCACGCGCCCUGGAUGGCCCUUUCCUGCCUGAGAUUGACGAAGAGCUGGCGGAAGAAGACCUUGUUGCACCUCGCAUGAUGCCGGAUGUUUCAAGACCACCCAGCCCCGCAGUCAGCGAGGCACACAUCCACCCUCUUUUCAGGACAGAAAGCCCUAUUCCACCACCAGAGGCCACACCUGGUACAAGCAUCAUCGCCAGCCCUCUCGCAGAUCAAGUCAUCGCAUGUCCAGCACGGCCUUACAUGCGUAUGCGAUCGAACAGCAACCUGCGCAACAACACCACAAGCCCUAGUCCUCUGGCUCCGGCCCAGAGUCUGCGAGGCCGUACCGUCGGUCCCCACGCUGGAUCCCGCACGCCUUCGCCGCCUAGCAGGGAAAUGACACCUCCCAUUCCCGACUUCGUCCUCAACUCAUCGCCGCGCAGCAGCAUGAGCGGAUCACGAAAAGUCAGCCUCCGCAACUCACCCGACCGGUGA